AAAUAAGUACAAAAAAAAAACAAAAAUGGCCGACGAUGACGAAAUAGACGUUCUCGGAGAAUUUUCUUUUAAUUCUUGUUUUGCUCAAAAUAAUCAAGGAAUCCCAUCAUGCUCCAACAGAGAAGAUACAGUGCAUCCACAAUGGCUCCUGGAUUCCACAGCAACGAAUUGGUAUGAUAUCCAGAAUAAAAAUCUCCUUAGUGAGAAAAGAAUACAUCAAAAACCACCCAAAAACAAAUCAAUAGACAGAGAUAACAAUAUCAUUUGUGCAGAAUGGACUCGUGAAGAAAGGAAGAUAUUGCUGGAACAAAUGGAUAAGUAUGGUAGAGAUGUACGUAAAAUUUCUCAAACAUUGAAGACAAAGACUGAAGCAGAAAUUCAAGCACUGAUUGAGGCUGAACACGGGAUCAAUCUGGAGACACCCACAUUUGGCCUGGACAAGAAUGUGGACCAUGACAAUGUACCUGUUGUAGUCCAGGAAGAAGUAGUGAUGGACACAACUCCAAAAAGCCCAAGAAAAAUAAAAUCUAGGAGAAAAUACACAAUAUCAAAAAAUAGUUUACUUAAACCUGUAAUUGUAGAGAAUAGAAUUGAUGCAAUGGACAUUGAUCCUGGAGAAUUGGUUUACGAAGACGAUUUAAUGUUAGGAUCUACAGAAUCCAUAGGGUCUGAUUUAGACUUGACUGAUGUAGUUUCUAAGAGGUUUCAGAAAGCAAAGGUUGGUAGGAAAAUGGGUAAUCAUAGGAGAAAAACUUCAGGUUCGGACAGAGGCCGACCGAGGAAUAAGAGUAAAGAUAUCCUGAAAUCGCCGCAGGGAAGGCAGAGGAAGGAUUCCAGCCUGUCUGAAGAUAGUAUGAAGAGCCCUAAAAUGCAAAUUGUAUUGGGAACUGGACAAACGUUACCUGUUUCGGAAGGGGAGCAAGUGAUAAAAAUAGAGAAGAAAAAGGAUUCAGAACCAGAGAGUGACAUAGAAGUGGACAUAGACAGCGAUAAUGAGGAUGGUUCCACCAAGAAGUGUUCCAUGGAUGCGGGCACAAAGACCAAUGUUGAGGAGGCUCCGAUUGCUGUGCCAAUUGAGGGGAGGAAGUUUGAACCUAUGAGGAAGAGAGCUAGGAAGAUUAACCUGGACGGUGGCGGCGGCUACACGAUAAUGCACACGCUGGAGGGCGACCUGCUGGAGACGAGCGCGGAGCCCCGCCGGCCGCCGCGCCGCGCCGCGCCGCCCGUGCCGCUCGUGCGGUGUCGCGUCUACAACGCUGAGAGACCGGCCCCCUUCGACGUCCGCCUAUACGUGUCGGCAUUGAUCAGCAUGGACGUACACGCUCACACGUCCCGCGGCGAGGUGAUGGGGCUGCUGGGCGGCACGUGGAGCCCCGCGCUGCUGGCGGAGCGCCCCGCCGUGUGCGGGCUCGCCUACCGCCCGGCCGGGGCGGCGGCCGGCUCCACGCACUGCGACAUGGACCCUGUGUCCCAGUCAUCGGCGGCGGAGUCCCUGCGAGCCCAGGGCCUGUCGGUGGUGGCGUGGCACCACUCGCACCCCGCCUUCCCGCCCGCGCCCUCCGCGCAGGACCUGCGCUCGCAGCGCGCGCUGCAGGCGCUGGGGCCCCGCCUGCUGGCGCUCAUCACGGCGCAGCACUGGCCCGCGGGCCGCGCCGCCUCGCAGUACAGAUGUAUCCGCGUGGAAGACGACGACUUGGAGCAAGAAGUGCCGACCGGCUACCAACUCAGCGUCAAGUUGGUAGCUGACAUCACCAUAGAAUCUCUCCCUCUCUACUUGGAGGAACUAGCGGGUCUGCUGGGCGAAUGCGAGCGAGACAGCUAUAGCGUCGAUGUGACGAAGGAUAUAUGUCCGCAAGCCAAAAUGACGUACUUAGACAAGUGCCUAUCCAGUAUAUCGCAUCACAUGCGCUCGGCGGGCUACGCGGACGACGACCCCGUGGUGCCGCAGCUGCUGCAAGGGAUCCGCGAUAUAUUCAGAUGAUCUCCUAGUACCAAACGAUUUGGUUCAUACGUUCAUGUGAUGCCAUUACUGAUUUGCCCUAUCAAGUUCUGAGUGAAGGGUGUGUUCGAAUGUUAUGUACUUUUAAAAACAGAACAGAAGAAUCUAUCAGUGAUUUGCUUUUUAAAAUUAUCUUUGUGCGAUCUCAGGCGCACCCUCCGUCGCUAAGUAAUGGGACCCGGGUGUUGUUUUUUGUAAUAUUUUAUUUCCCAAGGUUUAUUCAAUACUUUAUUGGGUAAGAAGAUUAUAAUUUGCCACGAUUUUUUUUUCAAACUCUGUCGCAACCUCUGAUAUCUAUAGGCUUAGUUCGGGUCUGAUAAAAUCGACACUGACGAAACUCACCGACGAAGAUUGUUGAGUUCAGAUUUUUGAAAAUAAUAAGCCUUUUUUCGUAUGAAUGUCAUGCGUUAUAUGAAAUUAAUUUCAAAGGUAACUAAAUUAUUUAUAUAUAUUAAUAUAAUAGUAUGUAAGUAAGAAAAUUACAUUUAUUUUAUUGAUUGCGUUUGUUUGCCAUGAAUUUAAGCGAGGUGUAGAAAAUCCUCGGCACAUGUAAGAUACUUAAGAUCUUUUCAACAAUUUUAAGUUACAAUGUCCUUAGUCUGAAGGAACAAUAUGUAUCCUUUUUUCGUAAAUUAAUUUAAAAUUUCAGGUGCAGUAUUAAGGAAACAAAAAAUAAUAUACAUCCGUUCUUUUUGUGAAGAACUAACUGUAAGUGUACCUGUAAGACAAUAAAUUGUAAUUGUACAUUAUUUUGUGAGAAAAUAUUGUAAAAUAAAUGCAUA